CAACACGAAAUGCGGCGUUGCAGACGUCAAGCGAUUGUCGUUUUAUUGUAAUGGGGACAUCACCCAACAUACACACACACAACAGAAUUCAUACUUCAAGAUUUUCGCCAAAUUUCGCCAGCAAAGAUCCUCCACUGUGUUCGCGGCGCGAGCUGUAGGAGGAUAAGAGAAAGGAAAACGGUGCACACGCAUACGUACAGUUGUGAAAAUAGGAGGCGCACCUGUAUAAUUCGCAUUUGCUUGCUGAUCAGCUGAAAGGAAGAAGGAAAUCUUCAAAAACCGAACGUGGAAAAUGAUCGUGUUGUGAACAACUUGUGUUUCGUAUAUAUACAUAUACAUACACACACACACAUAUACAUACACUACACAGACAUAUUUUUAACACACGUAAACGCUCAGGCAUCAUACAAACAGACGGUAGGACGGAAGGAAGGGGAAUUUUGGAAAUCUACUUGUUUAUUUUGUGCACUUUAUCGAUUACGUCACACUAGUAUAUAGUACGUAUAGUACUGGCCAUUUUGUGCAUUUCCCCACACACACACACACAUACACGGAUACAUAUAUAUAUAUACAGAGACACAUACACGCGCAUACACUAACAAUCAGCAUAAAUACGGCAAAUUGGAAUAUAAUUGCACUCCGAUAUCGCCAAGUGGAGGACUUCAUCAAUUAAUUUAUUUUUUAUUUUCACUCAAUCUUCACUCGAAACGCGUAAUCGUUCGUAAUUUUUCCGCAUCCUUGUGUCCGCGAAACGUUAUCAAAAUUCCGGUGCCAACUAGAAGUUACGAAAGCAGCACCGGCUCAAACGGUAGCAACGAAUACAACAUGAAUAGGAACAGAAAAAACAGAGGUGGCGGCGGCGGAGCCAGGAUCGACUAUCAUUCCAACAGGGGCUCCAGGAUGCGCUCGGUGCCAGCUGAGGGUGUCUACAGUAAUCCCCAUUUCAUGCAUGCCGCAACAGCGCAGGUGGGAAAUAUUGUAAGGAUCAAAGCAGCCUCUGGCAACGUCUGGGAGGGUGUAUUUAAAACAUUCUCCAGCCAAUUCGAGGUGGUCUUGGAAGUGGCUGCAAAGGUGGAGAACGCUGAUUCGCAUAACUCCAGUCUGGCUGCAGACACCUACGUUGAUAAAUUAAUUUUUCGCCCAAACGACAUUAUCAGUAUGUCCGCGAGGGACGUUGACUUGGAUUACCCCACAAAAGAUGUGUUCCAAACGGACGCCGCUAUAUCGGCUCGCCUGAACGGUCAAUCGGGCAUGGGAGAUGAGAAAGUGUUGGAGCCUUGGGUGCCGCCGUGCUCCAUAAAUGGGGGUGACACCAGUUUGCAGUUGGAGCCGGGAUCCAACGGAUGGGAUGCCAAUGACAUGUUCAUGACAAAUGAACAAAGCUAUGGAGUGCAGAGCACAUAUGAUCACACUUUGACAGGUUACACUGUACAAUUACAGGCAACCGAUUCACAGGACUACCGAGAAGCAGAAGCCAAAGCCAAUGAAAUUGCUAAAGAAAUUGAGAAUCAGCCCAGUUACAAAGCUAGAAUUGAAUUGGAGAAUGGGGAUGAGGAGGAGCGUUUUGCUGCUGUAGCUAGGCCCAAACCAAAUCAAGAAUUUAAUAAAGUUGAAGUCGAGAACAACAAUGAAAAAUAUGUCCCCCCAGCUAAACGGAAGGGACAGGCUGCUUGUAAAGCCAUCAGAAGCACCCCGCCACCAGCGGGGCCUGUCGUUUCGGCAACUUCAGCAAAUCUUAAGGGGGCGGUGCCGCCAAUGUCGUACCCAACACAUCCGUCUCCACACGCGAACAAUAAUAAUAACAACAACAACAGUGGCUCUCGCGACCAAGCAAUACUACACAACAUGCACCAAACUCCUCCACCGCAAGUGCAACAACAACAACAACAGCAGCAACAGCAUAUGCCGCUACAACCUAAUCCACAGCAGCAACAACAACAACAUCAGAUGUCACUGCCACAGAUGAAUCACAGACCUCAUUCUCAUACGCCGCCCGCUCAUGUAUAUAAUAAUAGACCGCCCAUGAAACAAAUGAACGGUGAAACCAAGCAGAUGCCCCAGAGGCCACCAAGAAAUGUCUAUCCAUCAACGAAUAUGGUUCAGCAGGCACAAUCGAUGCAUUAUCAGGAACAACCUACUCAACCCCAACAAAUGCAGCAGCAGCAGCAACAACAACAACCACCUAUGCAAUCCCAACAGCAGCAUCCGAAACAACAGGAUAUGAUCAACAACGUGCCUAGACAUCGCGAAGAGAGCAGUAAAGAUCUUCACAAAUUUUCUCAGGAUUUCAAGCUUGCUGCAAUUGCCGAUCAAGAACCGAAACACCCAAUGCCUCAGCCGACACCGCCGCAGCAGCAGCAACCACAGCAAUCCAUUUCACCACAGCAGCAAGACAACAUUGAUAAGAAGAAUACUGUGAAGAAGAGUAGCUUAAAUCCGGACGCGAAAGAGUUCGUUAUGAAUCCAACCGCUAAGCCCUUCACGCCUCGGUACGCAUCGCCGAUUACGCCGACCGCGAGCAGGCCUCAUACACCGCAGACUCCAAGUAAUCCGUACAUCCCGACAACUGGUAACGGCCCUCAAGGACCCGUCUCCGUUCUGUUCCCUUAUACACAUUGCAUGCCAUCUUGUCCACCUCAACCUCAAGGGAAUCGUCUGAGAAAGUUUGUGGGGCCAAUGCGUAACGAUAUGUCGCACGUCGCCGCCGCCACCGGUCAACCGUUGCUCCACAACAUGCCGAGUCCGAUGCAACCAUUCGCAUUCUCGCAAAACAUGAAUCCUCAGACGUACCUUCGGAUGUUCGAAUCGCCUCAACUCCAAUACAUCCAGCAGAAUCCACCUAACAUACCGAAUGCGGCUCAACCGCCGCCCCCAUACAGCACCGGGCAGCCGCAGCAACAGCCGCCACCGCAGCAGUACAUCUACCCACUCAUCACCGCUCCACACAUGAUGCAAGCAGGAAUGCCGUACGUGCAGCAACCGCCGCCUCCUCCACAAGGAAUAUCCGUCUUCAUGUCUCACCACCAGCCGCAACAGCACGGUCCCAAUCCCUAACCCAAACUGUUGUCCCGCAGAUAAAAGAAAAUCUCUUCUUUUUUUUUUCUUCAAUUUUUUUUACAGCUUCAAAUUUAUAUUAUCCAUUC